AGAAGAAGAAUUCUGUGGUGUUGACAUGAAUCAUCUGUGACGUAUUUACUCUUUGGGAUUUCCACGUAAUUUGUUAAAAAUGGGGCCUCAACAAGAUGUGGACGAGCUUUUCGACGUUAAGAACUAUUUUUACAUUGGAAAUUAUCAGCAAUGCAUAAACGAGGCACAGAAAUUAAGAAAGCCUUCCACACCAGAAAUUGCAAUUCAACGAGAUAUAUUCACUUACCGCUCAUACAUCGCCCAAAAUAAAUUCUUAGUGGUAUUAGAUGAAAUUCAUGGAGCAUCUCCUUCAGAAAUUGAACCACUGAAAAUAUUGGCAGAGUAUCUUUCAACGAAGGGUUCAAAAGAAAACAUUUUAGCUCAGCUAAAUCAGAAAAUAGACACAACAUACAAUGAAACCCUUGUGUUGGUUGCCGGAAUUAUCUUUAUCAAUGAAAACAACUAUGAUGGAGCUUAUCGAAUCUUACAUUCGUUGGAAAGCUUGGAGGCUAUGGCAUUUAUUAUACAUGUUCUGUUAAAACUAGACCGAACUGAUUUGGCAAUUAAGAAAUUGAAAGAAAUGCAAGAGAAAGAUGAUGAUGCCACCUUAACUCAGCUUGCUCAAGCUUGGGUCCAUAUAGCCACUGGAGGUGAUAAAUUGCAAGAUGCAUACUACAUUUAUCAGGAACUCGUUGACAAAUAUGGCUCCACACCUCUUUUGUUAAAUGGACAGGCUGUAACAUUUAUUGGUCAAGGAAAAUAUGAGGAAGCAGAAGCGGCCUUACAAGAAGCUUUAGAUAAGGACUCAAAUAACCCUGAAACUUUGGUAAACAUGGUCGUGUUGGAGAGACAUUUAGAGAAAGGACCAGAGAUUGCAAACCGUUAUUUGUCCCAGUUGAAAGACGCCAACCCAGAUCAUGUUUUUAUAAAAGAUUUGAAACAAAAGGAAAGUGACUUCUCACGAAUUUGUCAAUUAUAUCAUCCCAGUAAUAUGACCAUUCCUGUUUGAUAUUUUCAUCUCGCAUAAUUUAAAAAUGAAAAUUAUUGGCGGUGAAAUUAUUAAUUAUUAUAUACAAUUUUAGAAAUAAAAUAAUAGUUCGUUUAA